AGAUUUCCCCAAGAAACAAGAUGAGAGACGAAAACAACAAUUGAUACGAGAAAUAUGAGUGAGAAAUUGACGUCAAUAAGAGUUGAAUUGUCUUGUUUCACUGAUUGUUGGAACAAACUAAUUAUUGAUCAUAAAUAAUGAAUUGUUUUGGAGGAAAAACAGUUAAGGAAUUGGUCGUUGCUCUGGGGAGGUUAGAAUGUCAAUCGCGUGAUAAAUAAAAAUGAAUUAUUAUUAUAUGAUCACAUAUUAAGAUAUAAAGGAGAAUAAAUUGAGCCAUGAAAAUGUCACUCCGUGGGAGAUUAUCUCGCAGUGCUCCAGUCAGAUUCAUAGGCGGAAUUGCCAUGAAGUGCUGGGCGUAUUCAGGAGCUUAUAUACUCUUCUGCAUUGUGCUCUAUUGGCUGUAUGGUGGAAUAUUAGCAUUCUUUCUUCUGUGUUUUGCAACGACAGGCGUUUUAUAUCAAACGCAGGACCAACUCCUCUACCGCCCGGAUCUGCCGGCACACUCUCGGGUCUAUGUACCGGCGCCUUCAAUGUUCAAGUUACCUUAUCAAAGUGUUUACACACGUACACGGGAUGGUACUCUGCUACAUAUGUUCUUCAUAGUUCAGCCAGGAGAAAAAGCUAAACGCUCGCCUACAAUACUGUUCUUGCAUGGAAACGCGGGGAAUAUUGGUCAUAGACUUAAAAAUGUAUUUGGAUUGUAUCAUAAUGCUGAUUGUAAUGUUCUGAUGCUGGAAUACAGAGGAUAUGGCCUCUCUCAAGGUAGUCCGUCCGAGGAGGGUUUAUACAUGGAUGCUCAAGCAGGAAUUGACUUUUUAACAGCUCGAAAUGAUAUAAACACUUCAGAAAUUAUAGUUUUUGGUAGAUCUUUAGGUGGUGCAGUGGCUGUUGAUUUAGCAACGAAAUUCGAUAAUGAACGUAAAAUUUGGUGCCUUAUUUUGGAGAAUACAUUCACCAGUAUUCCUGACAUGGCCUCAAUUUUGAUUAGCUCAAAAUUACUCCAUUAUUUACCAUUAAUCUGCUACAAAAAUCAGUUCAUGUCAGUAAGAAAGGUACAUUUCAUAAGAGUUCCCACAUUGUUCAUAUCAGGAUUAUCAGACACACUAGUACCACCGCACAUGAUGAAGGAACUGCAUAAAAAAUGUUGUAGCUCGUACAAACGUUUAAUUUCGAUACCGGGGGGUACACACAAUGAAACAUGGAAUCAAGAUGGUUAUUACGAACAUUUUAAGACAUUCAUUAAUGACCUUAGACAAAAGCCACCACCACGUGUGCCAGCUAGUCACGUCUAUCAAAUAGACGAUAUUUAGUACUGAAUUCUAAUCUCAUUUUUUACACAAAUUGCGUCCAAAACAUUGAUUCAUGAGUUCUGUAGUUAAGUGGAAUAAUCGUAUAUACAUACGAAGUGAAGAAAUAUAUUUUAAAACUAGUGGCGUACUAUUUUAACGCAAUUUGUUUAUAGAACUUUAUCCUAGGGAUUUUUUUGAAUUUAUACAAUUUUUCAUUGCACAUGUUCAAGAGUAGUCAGUAAUACCUUGAUAUGGAUUCAACAGUGGAGUGAUGAAAGACGAUGUAUCAUAAUCAAUUAAAAGAUUAUCGUAUGAAUGAAUUUGAAAGAAGAAAUUUUAAAGAAAUUCAUCGGAAGGCUUUUGUUGCAGAAAGUUUACUAGACUUUAAUCGUUUAAGGACGAGGUGCAUACCACAUAGCGAUCCACGCGAAAGUGAAUGAUGGCGAUCAAAAUUGAUUAUUUCUAAAUCCAUGGCGUACCUCCAAUCAUACAAAUAUUAUUGGGCCAUAUAGACGCCAGCUUCAGUUACAUAGCAGUAUGGUAAUUUUCCGUUGAUUAGAAGUAAUAGGGGAGAGCGUUAAUAAAAAAGAAAAUUUUUUAUCAAUUUUUUUUAUUAUUGGGAGUACCGAUGAGAAUAAUAAUUUUCUAUUCGGUAGAAAAGAACAUGCUGUGCGAAAAAAUUACUGAUACCCUGGGCCUUUCUCUGGACUUUAGAUUUUGCUGUUUCAUUUUCUUUUCAAUUAAUCCAUUAACAAAAUCUUCCCACGUCAAAACUUGUCGAUAAUUUUCCAUUCUACGGAACGGAAAGUUAUUAUUCUCAUCAGUACUCCCAAUAAUAAAAGUAGUUGAUAAAUAAAAGUUAAGGCCCAGGUGUACUAUCUUUCGUCCGUUAUCUCGAUGUUUUUUUUUCAUCUUUCGUCAUCUGAAAUUGUCAAUUAAGU